AUGAAGUUUUCAUCCAUAUUCGUCUUCCUUGCCAUUGCAGUCUGGGUCACUUUAGUUAAGCAAGCAUCAUGCAAAGUCAAGUUCUUCUUUGCUAUCAGCGAAGUCAGAACCACGGGAAAUAAGAUCCAAGGAGGUGCGUGUUGUCAGGGCGUGAUUGGUUCUCAUUGUACCACACUAUGUAAACCAGUUCUGACAAUUUGUCUAAAAAAUAGCAGUCAUACAUGUGUAGACUCCAUGACAACAACCAUAGAUAUGAAAAGAGAUGACGUCAUACUUGGAUCAAGGAUUGGGAAUGCAACCAACCCCGUGUUUCUAGAAGUAGAAUCAUGGAAAAAAUAUUUGGACAAGAUCUCAGUGAGAGUGGUAGAUAUACAAAACUCCUCCUCACCACUCAUCUACCAGACAGAGUUCUCUGACUACAAUCUUCAAAUAGGAGACAACAUACUUUCACAACACUGGCGACAACAACCAUUGAAAGCUAAUGAUUUCUCGGACAGAAAUGCGUUUUUUAUCCAGAUAACGUACAAGGCCUACUGUUCUGAGGGUUACUAUGGAUCAGACUGUACAGAUCAUUGUCCUGGUAAUCCACAGAAGUGUGUCGUCAACGGUCAUACUUACUGUAAAAUGGGAUGGCACGGAAUUAAUUGUGAUGAAGACGUAAAUGAAUGUGCUUCUCGAUAUUUUUGUGGACACGGCACCUGUACAAACACAGCUGGUAGUUUCCAUUGUAAAUGUCCUUCCUCUGUUUAUGGUCUGAAAUGUCAGCUGGAUGAGGAUGAAUGUCUUCUAGAGCCGUGUAAUGGAGGGCAGUGUGUCAACAAGAUCGGGAGUUACUCAUGUCAAUGUAAAAAUGGUACAACUGGUAAAAACUGUGAAUCGUUAACUGCACAUCAAUGUCACAGUGAUACUUGUUAUAAUUACGGCCAAUGUCAUGAAGUGAUUGUCAACAUAAUUAUUGCUUUAGUAACCCGUGUAAAAAUCAUGGUACCUGUAAAAGUGGAAGAACAAACUAUGCAUGCUUUUGUCCUGGUGGUUAUAUGGGACGUCAUUGUGAAAUACGAAAUUACUGCCUUGGACACAGCUGCAGUGGACAUGGAACUUGUCAAAAUGGAGGACAUGGUUACACUUGUCAAUGUAGGUCUCAGUACCUUGGAACUCAUUGUGAAACACGUGAUUAUUGCCACGGACAGAGGUGUAGCGGUCAUGGGACAUGUCACAAUGGACACGGUAGAUACAUUUGUGCCUGCCAAACUAAUUAUCGAGGAAAUAAUUGUGAACUGA